AUGGGCCCUAAACGGAAACGAACUAGAAGAGCACGUAAACCACUACGUACUGUGCAAGAAUUGAAAAAAGAAGCAUUCUCUCAUGAACUUAAGCUUAGUACUUUGAACACGAAACGUUAUCAAAGUUUCUGGAGAGAAAUGCUUACACGUAUAAAAAUGCCCGAUAUCUACAAAAAGAUUGACAUAAUUUGGCAGACUUUGGAACAUGUUUUCGAUCUCAAGGACUACAGUGAUGGAAAUUUCCUACAUUCGUAUAGCAUCAGUUUAUUACUGGAUAGUCUACAAGAUGCCGAAGAUCAACGUCGUAGAGCAAAUAGUGCUCAUAUAGAAAUAUUCAAUCGAUCUUUGGAAGCACAUGAAGCUCGACUAGCAGAUAUUGAUAACUUUUUCCAUCAAAAAAUUAAAACAGCAUUAGCUGAUAAAGUCUUUACCUUCGAAAAUAUUAAUUAUCAUCGAAAUCAGAAAGAAACUAUUUUACGAAAAAUUAAUUUAUUUGUAAAUCAACGAGGAGAAAAUACCGCAAAUAUCGCAAGAAGUACUGCGUUUAGUAAAAUUGAUGCAUUUGUGGAAGAUGGAGAUAACGAAAAAAGAACAACUAUAACGUUACUUCAAAGGAAACUUGAAAAUCUUUGGAACAACUUGCGAAAUGUUUAUUCUGAUUAUCGCAAAAAUACAGAAAUGCGGCGAAAAGAUUACGAGAUAAUCAAGAAUAAGGAUCAUAUUGAUCAACAAAUAAUAACUAAACAAUAUCUUCGUAUCGCGAAUCUUCUUGAUGAGAUCGUGAAAUAUCGUAAUAAAAUUAAAUUUCAUGGAAGAGAAUCUGGAAAUGAAUUAGAAGAAAUUUUACGAGAAUCAAAUUUUUUUCAUAAUAUCUACCGAGAAACGAACGAACGUUUUAUUCUUGGUCAUAAAAAAGAUAAACAUAGAACGAUGACAAUGUGUAAGGAAUAUAAUCAUAGUGUAAAACAUAUGAAAGUUUUGAUGGUCAAAGCUGAACACAUACUCGCUUAUAUGCAAAUGUGUCGAAAAUAUGAAACACAAGAUGAAAAAAUUCUUCCAAUAAUGAAUAGUCAUCCUAUGCAAUUAUCACUAACCGAGGAUAAUGAUAUUAUUCCAAUUCAAACGAUUACGAAAGAUUUUGAACAAACGAUUAAUUUUUGGCGUCGAUUAGGUUUUGCACAAUUAAUUACUGCAGAACUUCAAACUCAAAAAGAUAAAUUAUUGAUGCAAGCAAAUGAUCUACGAAAAUUAGUGAAAGACUAUCUUGCUGAUCAAACAAAUUCAACAUAAUUCAAUAUGUGUAAGU